AAAAUGGGGGGAAGGUCUCAAUAGUCCUUUUCAAAUACAGUAGCCUACAAGACAAGACAAAACCAAGCAACCACCAAGAUAAUACACGCGGAAGCCAAAAGUUACAGCACCGACUUGAAACGCAAAACUUGAAACAGUUCUUUCCCUUGGAUGGACUUGUUCAAAGGAGAGAGGGUCUGAAACAGCACUCUAGAACUAUCCCUCGUCUAACCACACAAACAAAGACAAACCAACUAUAGUACUUUUAUUAAGCUGAGAGUAUUAAUACAGAUACUAGUAAAGAAUGAGCAAGAGCAAAGGAGGCGUUCGAUCUCGAUCUCCUUCUACGGGAAGUAGCAUGCUGCAUGCUUCUACCUCGCAGCUAUCGCUGGGUUCCAGUAUUGGCAGUGGGAAGAAAUGGUGGGAACCCAGCACGGAUGAAUUGGAAGACUUGAAGGCGCAACAACGACGGCGUCAAUCACAGCUGGAUCAACCCGAUAUCACUGACGCCAUGCUGGAGGCUCUGGAAAAUGAAGAACAAAUGGAACAAUUGGCCACUCAACUCAGCAAGGCCGCUCCAGCUAGUCAUCACAGCAGUAGUACUGAUAGUACUGGCAAACGAACCAUUCGGAGAACCAAGUCCAUGGAUCCCUCGGUUGUAAGACAACAACUCACACGACAGCAGCAACUGUUCAAACUGCAGCAGCAGCAGUCCAAGCCUACUCAUACUGCUAGUAGUGCUACCACUACCACUACUAGUAGUACAAGCAGGAGUGGUCUGUACUACAAGUCCAAUAAUAAGAUGACCCACACGACAUCCACAGAAGACUUGAAGAAUUUGAACAUGAAGACGUAUGCGGCCAAUAAGAGAAGAGGCUCCAUGUUCCACAAACACAAACACAACAACAACAACAAGAGAAAUCCAAACAACAGAAUGCUCAAUGUCUCCAAUCACUCCACCAAUUCCACACAUACGGUAGACUCGAUGGACAGCGAAGGAGCUGUCAUGGGAAGAGAGUCUUAUUUUGAUUCCGAUACCGAUACACCCAGUCAUUUACCCUUACCACCCCAACUACAACCAACUCAGCAGCAGUCACAACAACAACAGUCACCACCACUACCCACAACACAACAACGAAAUAUCAAGACCAAAAUCAAACUGGUACGACGAUCGUUUUCGGCAGGAACUCCCCUAGCCGUACCAGACGAGGAUGAGGAGCUAGAUCAACGCUCCAUUUCCACCACGGAAGUCGAAGCCAUUAUUCAACAAGAAAAACAACUCAAAAAGUGCUUCACGGUCGAUUGGGGAGUGGGACAAGCCGAGACAUUUGUCAAGGAAUUGCAACAAAAGGGAAAACUGUGGGAUACCACUACCAAACAACAAAAACAACAACAACACAACCACAAAUCAACGACAACGACGUGGAAACAAUUGGAACAACGAAUGCAAGCAUCCGCUCUCAAAAAGGCACAAGAAUUCCGGACAUUGCCCAAACUGAAACAGGCGGCAUUUACGCUGGUACUUUCCCAACUAUUGACGCCACAAGAGCGAGAACAACUCUAUCAAGUCUACACACAAUUGCUUUUGCAACAACAGGAACAGCAACAACCUGUUUCUCACAGUCAAGCACAACCGGCAUCUCUGUCUCACAGUCAAGCACAAGAAGGAUAUGCCAAAGUAUUUGGAUCGUCUUCCCAUCACAGUAGCAAUUCCAGUCCAUCUAGCAGCAACAACCACGUUGUCAUGGACUAUUCCGAAUUCAUGGUGGGCGCGGCCAUUUGCUCCCAUCAUCAACAUACUACGGAAGAAGAAGCAAAACGACGAUUGGAAACAUUCUCGGGGGAAGCAUUGCGCAAAGCAUUUGCCAUGUUUGAUGCCGAAGGAAAGGGAUUCAUUUCCAAAGACAAUAUCAACAAACUCUGUGAACAUCAAGAUGAAACCACACAACGCAUUAUUGAUGCCGUUCUGUCGUCGCCGGAUACUGCCAAUGAUGCACACAACAGAAAUGACAAUCCACUUGCCUUUGCCGACUUUUGUGCACUCUUUUUUGGGGACGAACAACCAGCCAACAACGAACAUAAUAAUAAUGGCAAGUCCCAUCACAAAAAGGAAAAAUCUUCCUCCAAACACACCCGAAAGGAACACAAGUCCUCCAAAAAGAAAAAGAAGGACAAGAAAAAGGAAAAGAAGAAAAAGUCCAAAAAGAAGUCGAAAAAGAAGGACAAGAAGAAGAAUGUGGACGACGACAUGAGCAUUGACGACGACGAUGAGACACUCUCGGUCUUUUCUAUUGAUAUCUACGACGAUCUAUCCAUUGAUAUGGAUGGAAGUGACGUUUCCGUUCUCGAUGACACCGAUUCCACAUCCAGUCGAUCCAGUGACCGUUCUCCAAAACCAAGAGAAAGUAAGAAUCCCAGUCUUUGA